AUGAGUUACGCGUCACCAUACGGCACCCCUCAUCGAGGUGGUGAGCCUGGUUACUAUUACGACGUACAGAGUCCCUCACCAACUCCUUCGCCACGUCACUACCCAUUUUACCCAGCUCAGACCCCCCAGCGACCGGCUACUCGUGCUCACGCUCGCAACGCCAGCACCGAUUACCCUAACUUCCGACCGUCGACCGCUUUCUCUCCUCGUUACAAGAGCAACGGCGAAUAUGCCACCGGCCCAAGCCCGAAUGUGAGUUCGCGAAAGCACAGUUUCUCAAUGGGGUCGCAUCACACGCCCAGGCGCGAGCGACGGAGUUCCUUCUCAUACCAUCGGGCCUCUCAUGGGGACUCCGACGAGGACGAGUUCUUCGAGAUCGGUGGUGUCAGAUGCGUAUUGAUUGCGGAGUCCAAGAGUCGCAAGCGCAGAGAAUCUUUCUAUGCUGCUCCGGGACAUGGCACUGAUCACUACUACCGUUCGCAGGGCAUGCCGACGUCGUUCUACGAGAAAGAGAGAGCCGAGUAUCCUCAAUUCGACGAGCCACCAGCUCGUUCCGCCACCAGGCGACCAGCCACCACGCGCCCUUCCAGCUCGCACAAGAAGAAGCCCGCCGCCGCCGGAGCUAAGAAGGCUACGGAAGCGGACGCGAAGAAGCACCGGAUACCCGCAGGAUAUUCCCUAAAGAACUGGGAUCCCACGGAGGAACCUAUUAUGCUGCUAGGAAGUGUCUUCGAUUCCAACUCUCUAGGAAAGUGGAUCUAUGACUGGACCGUUCACUACCACGGAGCCGCCACCCCCAUUGCGGACGUGGCAGGCGAAUUAUGGGUUCUACUUAUCCAAUUAUCCGGCAAGGUAAAGCGCGCCGAAGAGGUUGUUCCCGAGGUCAGGACCCAAGCAAACAAGGAGAUGAUUGAAGAUUUUAUCGAGUCCGGCGAGCGCCUGACGGACAGGCUCCGCGUCCUAUUGAAGAAGUGUGAGGCUCCCAUGUUAAGGUCCGCCAAGAGUAAGGAGGCAUCCCACCUCGGACAGAAUGCCGGUGUGGAAUUCGUGAAGACCAUUUUUGGUCGCGAGCGUGAGCUUGAGCGCACCGAGGCGUUCAUGCAACAAGUCCGUCUCUGGAAUUUGCGGUUCGAUGCGAACUGCGAGGACAUCCUAAAAAGGCCAAAGCAAUAG